ACUCGGAGGUGACAAGCCGUACGGUGGAAUUGUGCGCCGUUUUGCCCCCGAUUGGAGUGCGCUGCGUGUGAUUAUGGCGACGAGCGAUGUUGAAACGAGUCGCUUGUGAGGAGAUUAGUUAGCCCGUGCAGUGAUCUCAGUGCCCGGAAGGGAAAAAAAAAUAAAAGAGGGGAAAAUACGAGUCGAUAGAUUUUUGUUAUAAGUUAUAUAUAUACCAGAUAUAUAUCAUUUAUUUAUAUAUAUUUUUUUCUCCUUUCACGUAUAUAUAUAUAUAUAUAUUGUCGGGCUUCAUUCAGAUACGUUUAUAAAGAGAUAGAUACGUAUAUAUAUAUAUACAUAUUACCUGUGAGUGUGCAGCAGUUUUGACUCUACGGGCAGACGGUGAAAUAAAUACAGGUGAUGACCGCGCCUGAGGAUGGUCGCGAGGUGGGCGAGCGGUGGUGAAGGCCUCCUGCCCGGGCCGCUCUGGCCUCGACCGCCGCCCGCAGGUCCUUCACGCCCACCUGCAGGCUCCUCACGCCCCCCACGCGCAGGUCCCUCACGCCCGCCCGCUCGCCUGCGCCCUCGCCCUCCGCCCGCGUCGCCGCCGGCCGCUCAGGGACUCGGAACAGGAAGGCUCUCAGCUGGUGGUCAGUCCGUGACGUCAUCCGUGACCUGGCCUGUCCUGGGGCAGUCAAGCUGGAGGAGGCGCGUGACCGUUAGGAGGAGGGCGGGCGCGUGCGGGCGGUGAUGGUGGUGACGGGCGUGUACGAGGGGCAGGACGAGCUUCACACGCGAUGGGGUGCACGCCCAGCAUCCACGUGUCCCACAUCUACUGCCACGACAACGAUGAGUCUCCUUCGCAGCACCCAGCGGUCAACCACCAGCCCACGCCGCCCACGCCCGUCGCCAGCAAGCAGCGCUCAGGUCCCUCGGGAUUACCUCUGAAUCUGCAACAGCAACAGAGCCACGGGCGGACAGGUACUCAGGCCUGGGACCGUUACCACCCUGUACAGUCGGAGCAUGGUCACUUGAGAUUAUAUCCGAUGAAGGUUGUUGGGCAGCUGCACAAGGUUUUACUUGUGUUUGGUCGAGAGGACAGCGUGAGCGAGGCUUGGUGGUUGGCAUGUAAGCGUCAAGGACACGAAGUAUCCUUAGCCCGGAACCUUGAGGACGCUCUCAAGGCCUUCCUGGAUCACACUCACGACCUCAUUAUCAUUGACGCCAGAUCUUCCAAGCACAUUAAUGCGGAGAACAUUUGCAAAUCAAUAAGAGCCUCUGAUCACAGCCAGUUUGCCGUUAUUGUUGGUAUUGUUAAGAGAAGGUAUGCAUUGUGUGAGAUUAGUAUCAGUGGAAUUAGGGAAGGGUUUUUUAUGAUUUGAUUUGAUUUUUGUAUAGGUA